AUGUGGACAACCAACUCCGGCCUCCGGGGCAAGAAGCUCCACUGGGCCAUCACCUUCACCUCCGUCGUCGGUUUCUCCCUAUUCGGCUAUGACCAGGGUCUGAUGUCCGGUAUUCUACAAGGCACAUCCUUCGUCAAACAGUUCCCUGUCCUCAAUAAAGACCUUCCUGGUAACGACGCGGAUCAUGUCUCUGUCUUGCAGGGUGCCGUCAACUCCUGCUACGAACUAGGAUGUUUCUUCGGUGCUAUCUUCACUCUCUGCUUCGGUCAGCGAACCGGCCGUACUCCUUUACUGGUUGCCGGUGGUGCUCUGAUGGUGGUCGGUACGGUCCUUUCUACUGCUGCCUAUGGCGAGUCCUGGGGUCUAGGUCAAUUUGUGAUUGGUCGUGUAGUCUCCGGUCUUGGAAACGGUAUGGACACUGCCACUAUCCCGGUCUGGCAGUCUGAGUGUUCCAAGGCCCACAACCGCGGUUUCCUUGUUUGUUUCGAGGGUGCCAUUAUUGCUGUUGGUACCUUUAUUGCCUACUGGAUCGAUUUUGGUUUAUCCUACACCGAAUCCUCUGUCCAGUGGCGAUUCCCUGUCGCCUUCCAGAUCUUGUUUGCUAUCUUUGUUAUUAUUGGUGCUCUUAUGCUGCCUGAGUCUCCUCGUUGGUUUAUUAUGCAGGGAAAGGAUCAGGAGGCUCUCUAUGUUAUGGCCCAGCUUAAUGAUAGCACCGAGGAUGCUGAGGAUGUCCUGCGUGAUUUCAACUUGAUGAAGGCUGACAUGAAGGCUGCCGAGGCCCAGGAAUCUAACAGCAGCUGGAAGACCCUCUUCACAUUUGGCAAGACCCAAGAGUUCCAGCGUAUGAUGAUUGGUUGCUCUGGCCAAUUCUUCCAACAAUUUACUGGCUGUAACGCAGCGAUCUACUACUCUACUCUCCUUUUUGAAAAUAACCUUCAUAUGGAACAUAAGAUGGCUAUGAUUAUUGGUGGUGUUUUCGCCACUGUCUAUGCCAUUGCCACUAUUCCUUCCUUUGUCAUGGUUGAGAAGGUUGGCCGUCGCAACUUAUUCCUACUUGGUUUCCUUGGUCAAGGUCUUUCUUUUAUCAUCACUAUGGGUUGCCUGAUCGACGAGAAUACCCAAAAUGCCAAGGGUGCCGCCGUCGGUAUCUUUCUGUUUAUCUGCUUUUUCGCCUUCACUACACUGCCUCUGCCUUGGAUCUACCCUCCCGAGAUCAAUCCUCUUCGCACCCGUACCAAGGCAGCUGCCGCUUCCACUUGCACCAACUGGAUUAACAACUUCGCUGUUGUCAUGUUCACCCCUGUCUUCGCCAACCAGAGCCCUUGGGGUAUCUACCUAUUCUUCGCCCUGGUCAACUUUACCGCCAUUCCCUUCGCCUACUUCUUCUACGUUGAAACCGCCGGUCGUGAUUUGGAAGAGGUUGAUGUCAUCUUUGCCAAGGCUCACAUUGAGAAGAAGUGGCCCUUCCAGGUCGCCAAGCAGCUGCCUAAGCUCACCAUUGAACAGAUCAACGAGAUGCAGGCCGAGCUUGGCCUGACUACCACCGACCACCAUGCAACUGAGUCCGAGAAGGUUGAGAUGGCUACUAGUAGCGGAGAGAGCGAGGACAAGCAUGCUUCGGGUUAA